GCAUGCGCACUACACUGUGUUGCGUAAACGCGGAAUCGGCGGUUGUCAAUGAACUGUUUAUGUAGUUGAGUUAUGUUUAUUAGUUAAGUCCUGGCUCGUUUUCUAAGCAAAGUGUCCUUGUGUCUAUAGAAUCCAUUUCUCAUUAAACCAGCCUGCUUCAGAUACGAAAGGCAUUCAAAUAUGAGUGACGAGGAUGAAAGAGACAGUAAGAAGAUGAAAAGAAAAAAAGGUCCGGAUGAUUCAAAGGCGCCUGUGAAGAAGAGACGGAAAAGAAAUGACAAAAACGAGGGACAGAGCAGCGCAGUUCAGAAAUCACAAGCUCUCGAUGGUAAAGCUGACUCUACAAAAACUAAAGUAAAGCUCUCUGGCAAAGACAAGGACAAAGAGAAAAAUAAGGAUUAUAAGAAAAACAACUCAGAUGGUGGCAAAAAUGCCUCUGAAAUAAAGAGGAAUGAGAAUGGACAACUUGUGUUUAAAGACCACCCAGAGUUCACACCUAACAUGACUCCCAAAGAGGUUUUACAGGCAGGCAGUUUUGGGGGUACCUAUUUCAGGCCCAUCUACUCCAGUAUCACAAAGCAACAUUACAAAGAUGUUUGGCAGGAGCUUUCCAAAGACUGGUUGGAUGGACUAAACAUCUCUAAACAGGUGGCUUCUUCCACGUACAGGGAAAACGUGAACACCUAUAACGUAAAAUGUGGAGGCAGUCUAGAGAUGUGGGAAAGCAGUGGCUGGAUCGUGCCCCAGGAUCCAUACGGCUGGUUCCAGUGGUACUGCAGGUUUUACCAGGGCAGACGAACAAUGGAUGAUGCUCGCCAGAUCAGUCGCUGGGCCAAAUGUGCCGGAGUCAAAGGUCGGUGGCGGCAGAAUCUCAUCACAAAAGUGGUCCGGUCCGGUUGCACUUAUGACAACCCCGGUGUUUCGCCGGUGGUGAGACAGACUCUGCAGCACUGGGGCUACAAACUCACCCUGGAGGACUAUAAGGAAGGAGCAAAGAGAGUCAAACUUAAAUAAAAUUAACAGACUUCCAAAUUGGCCUCAUCCGAUUUAACAGUGCAGAAUGGGGUGGAUAUAACUAGCCUUAUUGCAUGGGCAUAAACUGACAAAUCUGAUUAAAUAAUUGAUAUUUUGUCAGAUUGAGGGACUUGUUUAGUUUUUUUAGUUUUAGUUUUGUUUUAGACCUGAGGUAAUAUUACUGCUGUAUUUGGUUCCCAUUGGACAUGUUUUCUGUAAGUGAUUUUGGUUAAUAGAAAAGUUAUAAUGCACAAUUGUCUUUUUAAAAUUUGGAUCCAAAGUAAAAGCAGACAUUAAUCCUUUUUGUUCUGUGGCAGCUGUUUUACACCACAUGUGCCCUGGAGAAUGGAUCUGCGAUCGGAUCUGGCCAUUCUUAAAAUGAUUUUAUUUUGACAGUAAUUUGUUUUUCUAUGUUUAUUUUCAAUAUGUGUUGAACAUGCUUAUGAUGUUUCUUGACAUGACAAUCUGUCAGAGUGUCAUACACGAUCUUUCUAGUCUGUCAUCUGUGAAUGCAGUUUAUUAAAGGAGCUAUUUUGUA